AUGAGACCAAUGUUCGUCAUUAUGGUGGCAUUAUUGCUGAUACCGUCGCUUGCAGCAGUGGCGAUUUGCGAACAGCAAGCGAAAAGAAUAGUCCACCGGUUCUAUCCUCUACGACACUGCCAGCGUUCGAACCGCACGGUGAUCGGUCUGGCAAAUGUGAAAACUGUGCGUGAGUGUGCCAACCUCGCACGCCACAAGCAAGCUCUGGCGUUCAACUAUGCUCCUGAGGGGCGAAAUCGAAGCAACCUGUUUGUGGUGGCGUUAGAACGCGAGCAGAACAGCAGCAGCCGGCCUUCACCAUGGAAACCCACGCAGCUACCCUCGUCGGGUGGAGUGGAGGAGGGGUUCGAAGAUUUCUACAACUGCCACGUGCUGGACUGCCCGGAGUAUCGGAAUCUUUCCACGAUUGUCAACGAUACACGCUUCGACUAUUAUAGUCUUUACGCCCGAAAUUUGCCGUCGGCGAAUGCAACUUGUAUUCCGUCCAUCGGAAUGUUUUCAUUUGAAGAAAUAAAGUUAAACUACUCCAACGCCUAUAACUCCUGCGUAUCGCUCGGGGGAAGCUUGGCCCAUAUCGUGAGUGACACCAGAACGUUCUACCUGUCAAAGUAUAUAUCCACGUUGCCACACGCCAACCAGUCCAGCUCCGACAAAUCCGGUUCUUUGUUUUUCGUUGGGUUAAACGAAACGAUUCGUGAUCGAUUCUUCACUUCCAGCGAUGAACGGUUGGACUGUUUCAUCUUCCGUGCAUGGGCUCCCGGACACCCGGAACGCAAUCGACAUCCUGGCUGCGUUGCGCUCACCGACGAAGGAUCCUGGAAGGUCUUCAGUUGCAACCGUAGUUUGCCCUACAUUUGCGAGCUGCACACCUCAGGCCCAGCGCUUGCCGAACCCAAGCUGAAACGCAAAUGUUCCGUCAAACGACCAAACAACAGAUUCGCUCCGACCAAACACAUCACAAAUUGA